CCGAACCUGCAGGCUGAAUGUUCCAUCCGACUUCCCGUUCCAAACCACGUGUGCUGCUUGUGUGUUGCUCUCUGGCAGCUGCUGUUGAUCUGGGUCCAAGAAGAGGCUUUUUCCGAGCGGCAGAGGCAUGGCAAGCCACGGGCACUGCCUCACCUUCGAGGGCUGUAACUUCUUCAGGCAGAGGAUCGUUUUGUCCACCCUUAGCGGGAGGCCGGUAAAAAUCCAGAAGAUCCGAGUGAAAGACGAAAGCCCUGGGAUUAGGGACUUCGAAGCAAGCUUUAUCAGACUGAUGGACAAAAUCACCAAUGGGACAAAGAUAGAAAUCAAUGAAACUGGCACAUCCUUGUACUACCAGCCUGGCCUCCUCUAUGGUGGGACGCUCGAACAUGACUGUAACAUCCAACGCUCCAUUGGGUACUACUUGGAGAGUCUGCUCUCUCUUGCUCCUUUUAUGAAGAACCCAUUAAGAAUAACACUACGUGGAGUCACAAAUGAUCAAGUGGACCCUUCAGUGGAUACAUUAAAAGCGACAGCCAUUCCUCUACUGAAAAAGUUUGGUGUUGAUGGUGAACACUUUGAAUUGAAGGUAGUUAAGAGAGGUAUGCCUCCAGGUGGAGGAGGCGAGGUCUUGUUUUUUUGUCCAGUCAAAAAAGUUCUAAGGCCUGUUCAUCUGACUGAUCCUGGAAAAAUAAAGCGCAUCCGAGGUAUAGCGUACUCGGUCCGAGUUUCUCCACAAAUUGGUAAUAGAAUAGUGGAGUCUGCAAGAAGCGUCUUGAAUCGAUUUCUCCCAGACAUUUAUAUCUACACAGAUCAUUUAAAGGGGGCAAAUUCAGGGAAAUCUCCGGGGUUUGGUCUGUCUCUUGUGGCAGAAACCAAUGAAGGCUGUUUUCUGAGUGCUGAAGUCUCAUCCAAGCCCCAGGGCCAGGGUAGCACUGUGCUUCCUGAAGAUCUGGGAAAGGAAUGUGCAAAACUUCUCCUGGAAGAAAUCUAUAGAGGAGGUUGUGUGGAUUCAACGAAUCAGAGCUUGGCCCUACUCCUCAUGACCCUUGGGCAGCAGGAUGUUUCUAAAGUUCUACUUGGACCUUUGUCUUCAUAUACGAUUGAGUUUUUGCGCCAUUUGAGGAGUUUUUUCCAGAUCAUGUUUAAGAUUGAAAGCAAAGCAUUUGAAGAGCGUAAAGGAGCAGAGAAAGUACUUCUGACCUGUGUUGGUGUUGGAUUUUCCAACCUUAGCAAGACUGUAAAAUAACAUCCUUCAAAGGAAGAAGUCACUUUGAGGCUAUUUUGGAGCAGUUUAAUUCCAUGGAACUGUUGGUGCCACCAUGAUCAGUUAUGUAUAGAUCGAGCCUAGACUGUGGAUGCUCUGUAUCUUUGGUAUCUGGAUGCUGAAGCUUACAGAAACUAGAAUAUUUUUAUGAAUAUGCGUUUUAGCAAUUUCAUGUGAAAACUCAAUUCCAGAAUUGUCAUCAACGUUCAUUUCCCUUUCUAAAAUCAUUCAUGGUCAUAAGUUUGUUUUUUAAUGAAACCUUGUUAUAGUCUCUGUGUAUUUUU